AUGACUGUUUUGCCUACUAGCGAUACAAUUCAUAUAAGGGAGGUCUGGAAUGACAAUCUGGAAUAUGAGUUUGCUUUGAUUCGCGAUAUCGUAGAUGGCUUCCCUUACAUUGCUAUGGACACUGAGUUUCCGGGUAUUGUUCUUCGUCCCUUGGGCAAUUUCAAGAGCUCGUCUGAGUAUCAUUUUCACACACUGAAGGCCAACGUGGAUCUUCUCAAGCUAAUUCAGUUAGGCCUCACUUUUUCUGAUGAGAAGGGAAACCUUCCCACGUGUGGAACUGGUAAAUACUGUAUUUGGCAAUUCAACUUUCGCGAGUUUGAUCGUGAUGAGGAUGUUUAUGCACAUGACUCUAUAGAGCUGUUAACUCAUAGUGGCAUUGAUUUCGAGAAAAAUAUUGAGCAGGGUAUUGAUGCUUAUCGCUUUAGCGAGCUUCUGAUGUCAUCGGGGAUAGUGUUGAAUGAUAAUGUGCAUUGGGUGACUUUUCAUAGUGCCUAUGAUUUUGGGUACUUGCUGAAGCUGUUGACUUGCCAGAGUCUACCAGAUACUCAGGCGGGAUACUUGGAUCUGAUCAAGAUGUACUUCCCAAUUGUCUAUGAUAUCAAGCAUCUGAUUCGGUUCUGCAACAGCCUUCACGGUGGACUGAACAACCUUGCAGAGCUUUUAGAAGUGGAGCGCGUUGGCAUUUGUCAUCAAGCUGGUUCUGAUAGUUUGCUUACUUCUUGUACAUUCAUCAAGUUGAAAGAGAAUUUCUUCAAUGGCUUGACUGAAAAAUAUGCUGGCGUGUUGUAUGGUCUUGAUGUUGAGAAUGGACAGUAUCUUGAAGUUUGA